CGUCCGUUCGCUACGAUGUCUUGCUUGAUAAUAGCCAAUUUGGUGUAUAUUAUGUGGUUAUUCUUUUCUUGCCUGUCAGGAUGCAUGUGCAUAUGUGGAAUUUGUAUAUAAAUGUUUGCAACUCAUCUAUAUAUUCAACAAUAUGACUCUUAACAUUUAAUACAACAACACUGUUAAGCAAGAUGAUUGGAAUUAUCUUAGGCACUGCAGCUGCAUUGGUAUGUUCAUGCAUAUUCUUGCAUAUCUCUUGGAAGUUAUACACAUCUAAAUUAUCAUUUCUACCAAGCCCGCCAUCAAUUCCAUUCGUUGGCCACGUGUUACUUCUGGAACAUGAACCUUACAAAUUGUUUUACCAGUUUCAAAAUUUCUUUAACACUUAUGGUGACACGUUUGUUAUAUGGAUUGGUUAUGUGCCAUUGAUAUUUUCUUCUAACAUUGAUUAUGUUGCUGAGAUACUAAGCAGUAAAGAUAUGAUAAAGAAAUCAACUUUAUAUUGGUCUCUUUGUGAAUGGCUUGGUACUGGUUUGUUAACAAGUUAUGGUAGUAAAUGGAUAAAAAGAAGGCGAUUAAUCACUCCAACCUUUCAUUUUAAUAUUUUAAACGAUUUCAUGAGCAUAUUUAUGGAACAUUCCAAAGGUUUAGUUGAAAGUUUUAAACUUGAAUGUGACACAGGCCAAGCUAUUGAUGUACAAGUACCAAUAAGUCUUGCUGCAUUGGAUGUGAUUUGUGAAACAGCAAUGGGAGUGAAAAUUAAUUCUCAACAGUGUACGACUUCCCAGUAUGCAAAAUCUGUACAUUCUAUGAACAGCCAUUUACAGCUUCGACAGAGGUCUCCAUGGUUGUGGCCAGAUUUCAUAUAUAAACAGACUUCUUCAGGAAAGAGUUAUUACAAAGAUCUUAAUGUUUUGCAUGAUUUCACAAUUGAUAUAAUCAAUAAACGUAUCAAAUCACGAAAAAUAUUAAAAGAAUCCACAAGUGACCAAUCUAAUCCUCGUAAAAAGGUUUUCCUUGACAUGCUCCUAGAUUUAUAUGAUGAAGGUGAGAUUGAUAUUGAUGGAAUACGUGAAGAAGUAGAUACAUUUAUGUUUGAAGGACACGAUACCAUAUCAGCUGGAUUGAGUUGGAUUCUUUACCUUCUGGGAAGACAUCCUGAAAUACAAAGAAAAUUGCAUUCCGAAAUUGAUAAGGUUGAUGCAUCAGAGAACUUGGAAAAAAAAAUUCUUGAGUUGAAGUAUUUGGAAGGUGUUAUUAAGGAAGGGCUUCGUUUGCAUCCUCCGGUUGCUUUAUUUGCACGCAUGUUGGAAGAAGAUACUGUGAUUAACAACAAUGUUUUUCCAAAACGAACAGAAUUAGGUGUUGCAGUUAUGGCUCUACACCAUAAUGAAAAUUACUGGGAUGAGCCUGAAGAAUUCAUACCUGAUCGAUUUCUUGAUGAUGAUAUUUUAAAAAGACAUCCAUAUUGUUUCGUACCAUUUUCUGCAGGCUAUCGCAAUUGCAUUGGUCAAAAAUUUGCAAUGAGAGAGGAAAAGAUUUUGUUGUUCCAUGUCAUGUCAAAGUUUCGUUUGGAAUCAAUUCAAGAAGAAGAUGAUGUACAGCAUUGCUUUGAAAUUAUUCAUAGGUCAGGUAAUGGGUUGAUGAUUAAAUUUUUCUCACGCUGACCAUAGAUGUAUAUGAUGUGCUACAUUUUGUAUGCAUGUUAACGAACAAUUUGGUACAGUCAAAUAUAUAAUGCAAUAAAAUACAUGAUUUUUAGAUGACAUUGCAGGUAGAAUUUUUUUUUGUAAGUUUUGUGAACAGGAGUUAUUUUUUAGAAUGCAUUUCACACAUGAAACUGUUUUCAUCAUUUUAAACAAAUAAAAAGAGAAUGUAAUUUUAGCAUUAUAUCUAGAUGUCCUUUCUGCUUCCAAAGGUCCUUAUGCUGAAAAGAUUUAUUUUUAAACUUUUUCAUUUUUUUGGAAAAUACGAAUAUAGUAAUUGUUAAAAUUUUACUCAAUAAUUUUGUAGUACUAUCACUGCAAAUGCACGUAGUCAAUUAUGAUAGUAGCAAGUUUCUAUAACAUAGGAUUUUGCUCCCGCAAGCAAAAGUUUGCUUUGUGGUGCAGUAAUUCUUUUAUUGUUUAUAUCAAAUUUUUGAGAAACUACAUACUGUAUCCUUACUAUAUGCCUGCAAAUAUAUGUCCUGUUUUAGAGGUAAAAUUUAAAAAAUUAUACUUUUUACUCUUAUUUUUUCCUUAAUGAUAUAAGAAUUUUGACAGUGUUAACUAGUAAAUCUCUUUAUGAAUAUUUUUUUAAACGAACUUACAGAAGUUGUUUGCUAAUAAUUAGGUUUUUGAUAACGAAAUUUUCUACUACAAAUGCGUUGUCAAUUUACAGCAUGUUUUUAACUGUAUUUUAUUUUUCUUAGGAUUACCAAGACCUAAAGUUAUAUUUUUUUGCAUUUUAUUGUGUUUAAUUUUUUUAACAUCUUAUGCCACUUCGCAAAAUGUGUUUACGCUUUUUUACUGUGAAAGUGAUAUUUGAGAAAUCGAAGAUGAACAAAUAACAUCUCGUAAUUAAAAAAUACUUUUCUUGUAGACCUUUCUCGUAUUGUACGUUUUCUUCAGUAUUAGAAAUAAACAGAAUUGUUGUGAGUGGUUGUGGUCAGAAAGGUGAAUUUGUUAUGUGUACCAAAUUUAAGUUGAUUUAGCUUUAAGAGGACGACUUACAUGGCUUGUUCAAAAGCCUUCUAUUUUCCCCUUUAUCAUUACUCUUUUUGAAAAUGCUAUAAAAAUUCCAAUUUUUCACUAUUUUUUGAGGAUAAUCAGGUUUUUUACUUUAUAUGUAAAAAUGAAAAACAAAAACGUGCGUGCAUCAAAUUAAGGUUUAUUAAACGUCCUUGCAGAAUUUAUUUUAACGGUUUAUAAAACAAAUGAUUAUAUAUCUUUUGUAUUUAGUUUUUAGAAUUAUU